CUGCUGGCUGGUAGAACAAUGACACUGUGGAAGCUUCGCAGAAGGUAGAGACUGAACCAUGUGUCCUUUUUCUCUCUAUUUUACUGCAGUGACUUCUUGAAUUAUUUGUUUGGGUCACAUCAGCAACUGGAAAUUAAAUCAUUAUUUGAACAUUCUGUUAUUGAGAGCAUUGCAGUUCUUUUCUCACAGGUUACAAAGACCCAGACAGCAGGUGUCAUGAGCUCCAUACAGACAAAUCCUUCAGCAAAUCUGACCUUUGUUCGUCCUGCAAAAUUUUUCCUCAGUGGCCUUUCUAAUGUUCCACAUGCAAAAUACUACUAUGUGUUCUUGUCUUUAGCUUAUGUUGUGACUGUUUUGGGGAAUUCAUUUCUCAUGUGUAUCAUGUAUUUGUCCCGCAGACUUCACACAGCUAAAUACAUUGCUGUUUUUCAUCUGGCCCUCUCUGAUCUGUGUGGAAGCUCAACUGUUAUUCCAAAAGUCAUUGAUACACUUUUAUUUGAUCACCAGGACGUUUCAUAUGAAGCAUGUUUGACACAUAUGUUUUUUAUUUACCAUUUCAUGAAUCUGCAGUCUUUAACACUACUUGUCAUGGCCUACGACAGGCUGGUUGCUAUUUGUUUUCCUCUACGGUAUCUAGCCAUUGUGACCAAGCCGUCAAUGUUUCUGAUCGUAGGAGUGAUGUGGAUUUUUUCUGUGAUAUAUUUUUCAGUGCUUGUAGGUUUGGUCAACAGAAUCUCUUUUUGUGGAUCUCGUGUGAUAGACAGUUAUUUUUGUGAUCAAGGCAUUAUCUAUAAACUUGCUUGUAAUGAUAAUUCUAUAAAUCUAAUGAUGGGAAAAAUUAGUUUUGGUCUCCUAAUGUGCACACCUUUCAUGCUGAUUGUGAUCUCAUAUUUUUUCAUUGCUCUGGCUCUGCUUAAGAUUUCUCAUGGUGUUGACCGGAUCAAAGCCAUGAAAACCUGCACCUCACAUCUCAUGUUGGUGGCAAUCGGGUAUCUACCUUUGAUAAGCAAUCAAAUUGCAGCGUUAACAACAUCUAUUGAUCCAAACACUCGGAUAUUUAACAACUCUUUGAGACAGGUAAUACCAUCUAUGCUGAAUCCCAUCAUAUACACUCUAAAGACAGAGGAGGUCAUGGAAUCCAUAAAAGAUCUGUACAAACGAAGAAAAAUUAACACAGCUAUAAAAAGAAUUUGAUGCAGCAGGAAAAAUUUGAACUAAUAACAACAAAUUUAAUGACACUUUCACACUGUUAUAAUUCAACUAAUAUCUAAAAUAACAAACCUGUGUUUUUCUGUGUAUAUGUAUAUGAUACUUUAUUA